CUGGCCUUUCUCUAUUCACAAGGGACCUUCGGUUUCCAUUAUCCCCUCUAUUUUCCUUUARAAAAUCACGCUCACUUCUGGAUUCCACUCGCCCUUGGCGGAGAACGAGCUGGAAGCCGAGAGGCUAGGCUGAACGCUACGAGGCACCAUGCUGUACGGAACCGAAGGCCGAGAAAUUCGCGCUCGGCCGGGCAGGCGAAGGAGAGUGGGAGGGAGGGCGUUGUUACCUGCUGGCGCAUUUCCGCUUCCGCCAGGCCCCGUCGUUUUGGUUGGACCGGCUUGUUGCGGGGAGGGAGGGGGAAGAUUGUUUGCUGCCUGGGAGCUCUGCGCAAGGGAAGGUAAACUGAGCUCCCCAGAGACGCCUCGAAGCCUCUGCUCCAGCCUGGCCUUCUCUCUCCAGCUGGCACUACAGCCUGGAGGCGCCUUCCUCCACCCUCCCGAAUGGUGCUGCUCUUCGCUGGCCUCGGCCCAGGAUCCAGGCCCCCUUUGCCCCCUGCCUCGGAGCUGUUGCUCCAAUACCCUGUUGGUGGACUCCUGGUGGAGGAGAGAGAAGAACUUUUGCCCGAGCCCAGUGGCAGAGGAGCCUGGAGGAGGAGGUGGAAGCAACAGCAAUGAGUCCAAAUUGUCUCCAAGAGAGGAGGAAGAACUGGAUCCUAGAAUACAGGAAGAACUGGAGCAUUUAAACCAGGCCAGUGAGGAGAUCAACCAGGUGGAGCUACAGCUGGACGAGGCCAGGACCACCUAUCGGAGGAUCCUGCAGGAGUCUGCGAGGAAGCUCAACACGCAGGGCUCCCACUUAGGGAGCUGUAUUGAGAAGGCUCGGCCCUACUAUGAAGCUCGACGGCUGGCUAAGGAGGCCCAGCAGGAGACACAGAAGGCAGCCCUGCGGUAUGAGCGGGCUGUGAGCAUGCACAAUGCCGCCCGGGAGAUGGUGUUUGUGGCCGAGCAGGGGGUCAUGGCUGACAAGAACCGACUGGACCCYACGUGGCAGGAGAUGCUCAACCAUGCCACCUGCAAGGUGAACGAGGCAGAGGAGGAGCGGCUUCGAGGCGAGCGGGAGCAUCAGCGAGUGACGAGGCUGUGCCAGCAGGCUGAGGCCCGCGUGCAGGCUCUGCAGAAGACCCUCCGGCGAGCCAUCGGCAAGAGCCGCCCCUACUUUGAGCUCAAGGCGCAGUUCAGCCAGAUCCUGGAGGAGCACAAGGCUAAGGUGACAGAACUGGAGCAGCAGGUAGCACAGGCCAAGACCCGCUACUCAGUCGCUCUGCGCAACCUGGAGCAGAUCAGCGAGCAGAUUCACGCGCGGCGCCGGGGCCUGCCUGCCCACCCCCCAGGUCCACGGCGCUCCUCCCCUGUGGGGGCUGAGGCUGGGCCUGAAAGCCUGGAUGACGGGGACAGCGGCAUUGAGGGUGCUGAAGGUGGGGGGCUGGAGGAGGGUGGCGGCCUAGGGCCUGGACCUGGCGCGGACACAGACACACUGAGCCUGCUGAGCCUGCGCACCGUGGCCUCUGACCUGCAGAAGUGCGACUCGGUGGAGCACCUGAGGGGCCUCUCGGACCAUGCCAGUCUAGACGGCCAAGAGCUGGGACCCCGGAGUGGGGGACGCCGGGGCAGUGACGGUGGGACCCGAGGGGGCCGCCACCAGCGCAGUGUCAGCCUGUAGCACGCUAGCUGGGGCUUUGGGCUUGUCUCCCACCGUAGGCUCAUCAGGGCCCUUGGGCUUCUUCCUGCCCCUCGGAUCCCAUCUUUCCCCUGGGGGCCAGCUGUGUCAGCCCUCUGUCUGCCCUGCCUCCUYGGCCUSCCCUGCCYCCUCGGCCUCCCCUGCCCCCUCAGGAGGCAGUCCUGCAGGGCCCCUUCAGAAGGCUGCUCUGCACUUAUCUCCUUCCCCUUACCCCUCUGAGACCCUUGACUUCCUACCUUCUGACUUCUUUCCUUCCUGGUCUAGCUUUGCCCCUCAGGGAACUUGGUCUAGAACACCUGGGAAGCUCAUCAGAGGAAAUGAGUACCCUAACCAGAGGGGUGCAAGGGGCUGCUGCUCCCCACCCACCCCAAGGCGGCUCCCAGGGUGCCCUAGCUAUGCUGCUGAGUCCUGCCRGCCAUGUGCCCCGCCCUUCUGUCCUAGCCUGCCUGUGUGUGAUUGGUGACCUUUCGCCUCUGGAGACACCACCACCUUCAGUGUGCCCUUUUGUGAACUGAGCUGCUGUUAUAUGUGCCCUGUAGCAGAACUUGCCAGAUGGAAGGGAGCCUGACCCCAUUAUCAGCAUAGGGAAUGUCAUUCUGGACUGGCUCUGUAUAUGUGGUGUUUCUCCAGCUGGGCUGAGUCCUCAACCUUGCCCAGGUGCUAGUGGGUCCCUGAGGGGUCCAUGUGGGAGGCUGAUGCGGUCCCCACCCCUUGCUCUUGCAGUAGAGCUGGGCCAGUGUUUUGAGUGGGUGCUGCUGAACUGGAUCUCAGCACCCUCCUGUGGGUGGCGUUAGGGAAUUGGUGCUCARUUGCUCUCCCUUGCUUUCCCUACUCCACGGUCCCUGGGGAGUGCUUAGGCUAGSCUGUCAAGCCUUGCCUGCCAUGAUGGGGGGAGUCCCCUGGCUGAGGGUCCCAGCCCUCCUCGGGGAGCUGCUCCAGGGGUGGURYUCCCAGUGUGUGUAGGGAAGCCAAACAGAUCUGGGUGCCUUGGGAGAGCUGGUCCUGCCGUGUCACCCCAAAAGGACAGGGAGCUCUUUCCCAGCCUGGGUGCUGCUGCAGCACUUGGAGGAGGGGUGGGCCUUUCUGCACAGGCCUCUCCUGCRCUCAGGUUGGAGGAGGAAGGUCACAAUGAGAACCUUGGGGUUUGAGGUGGCCACUGGUGAGAAGGAGAAUCAGGGGACAUGGGUGUGCAAYGAUGAGAACCUCAAGGUUUGAGCUGGCCACGGAKGGGGAGGGGAGACACKGGUGUGUGUGAGUGCAUGUGUCAGUGUGAGUGUGGGAAAGGGACUGCCUUGGUUUUAUUUAAAUAAA